AUGAGCCGGCCAAUGAUUAAGGAUUAUCGUGCAGCGGACUUCGAGAAGCUUAGCCAGCGGAUCCGCCAGCAUCCGCUGAUGAGGACAACCACAGCGGAGGAGCUGCAAACGCUGCGCACGGCGGAGUAUCGCAAUAAGUGUGUGAUGCGAGCCUCGCUAGAUGACAUUGCAUUGGGUAUAAAUCUCUACAAGCUGCAGCUGGGAGUUGAGCAGCAGUUGCCCAAGCCAAAGGCAGAGCCCGUUGUGAGUUUUGGCAGCGCUAAGCGCAAGUCUGCCAAGCACAUGGCCACGCCUUUCAUUAAGGUGUUGCUACGCAAAACGCCCAUUGAAGUGCUGCUGGAGCGGCACAGCAUGACAGUGCUGGCGGAUACGGAGGAGGGCAAACAGGUGCUGGCGGAUAAUGAGCGCUACGAGCUGCUGCUGGCGGGCACGGAUAAGUCACGACGCACUGUGGAGUCGGAAACCCAAACACAGACUGCCUUGAAGAAGUCACGCUUGGUCAACACCGAGCGCCUGUCCAUAGACCACGUAGGCUGCUAUGUGUCCAAUUUCGAAAUGUUUGACACGUACCAGGACCUAGAGGCAUCCACCAAGAGCGUGCAGGUGCAGGGCGAGCGCAAAAUGGAGGUUACCACCUACAAAGUGGGCGGCGUGGAUCAGUUCAUAGCCAUCAAUAGCCUGCCCAGCUUCAAGCUAGCCCUAAUGCUAACCAUGCGCAUACUGGCCAGCAAUGUCUAUGAGCCGCAGCAGCGACGCUAUCGCAACAUGUCGCCGCCCGAUCCAUUGGCGGAGGAUGUUAAAUUCAAGUACCGCUUGCGUUUGCUUUGGCGUCUAAGUGCGCCCUCAGCGCUGCCCACGGCUCAUCAGGCUGUAACCGCCGUAAGCUUCUGUCCCUGCAAUGGCGACAUUAUGGCCGUGUCCUAUGGCGUUUAUACUUAUAGGCAGUUAGCCAGUCUCCCACGCGCUGGCCACGUCUAUGUAUGGAACAUCAAGAAUCCUGUUAAUCCGGAACGCUGCUAUGACUAUACGGUGCCCGUGGUUACGGUGCAAUUCUCGCCAACUGCGCCCCAGCUGUUGGCCAUUGGUCUGCACAACGGCAACAUUGAGAUACGCGACAUCUCACAGCCAGAGCAGCCGCCCUUGGCCAUUUCUCAGCGCAACAGUUCGCCGCACUUUGAGCCUGUGACCGCUAUCAAGUGGUUGCAACGCAGCCAUGGCAGUGAAGCCUUCUUGGCCAGCUCACAGGCGGGCGCCAUUACCAAGUACAGACUGAUUAAUAGUCCCUAUCUGCUGGGCUUUGAGCAUCAGCGUCUGCAGCGCGCCGAGGCCGAGCUGGAGGGCAUUGAGCUGCAGCGAUCUGCACAGCCGACGCCACUGCUGGCCAAUCGUCAUCCACAGUGCUUGGAGCUGCUGCUGGAUCCGUUGCAGGCGGAUAUGUAUUAUGUGCUCACGGACGAAGGCACGCUCUACAAAUGCUCCACCAACUAUCCGCAGCAUCAUCUAGAGUUGCGUCAGGUGCAUGAGACAGCCGCUGUCUGCAUGGAAUUCUCGCCUUGGUCACCCAAGCUAUAUCUGACCUGUGGCAGCGAUUGGUGCAUUCACAUCUGGAUGACGGGCCUGUCGCUGCCACUCAUCACGCUUCGUCAUCAUCUGGCGCCCGUGCACUGCGCCCGCUGGAGUCGCACGCACUCUACUAUUUUGGUCUCCCUUACCCACAGCACUGUGGACAUUUGGGAUUUGCGAAACAGCACGCUCAAGCCUGUCUCCUCGACCACCAUUGAUGCUAAGAUUAGCUACACCACCUUUCGUUUUACGCAUUGUGGCCGUUGCCUGGCUGUGGGCAAUGAGGCGGGUCAUUUGCUCAUGUUAUCCUUUGAGGACAUGCCUUUCUCCCCACACUUUCAAUACAGACAGCUGAAACGUGCGCUCUUUAAGGCUCUGGCACUCUAUCCAGAGCUGAGUGAACAGGUAAAGAGUGUGGGGUAUUUUGGUUAUCCGGGUGGUGACAAUAAAAUAACACCACAAUAA